AUGUUUCAUGGAACAGUCACAGAAGAGCUAACCAAUCAUAGAGAAUGGAGUCACUAUAAUGAAAAUAUAAUAGAAGAUCAAAAAGAUUUUGUUUUUGUGAAGUUCAGUGGCCUUCAUUUAAAAUCUAUGGAAAGUUUUCAAUCUUGUAUCUCUCUUAGAGUGUGCAUCUUCUCAAACAAUUUUAUUACAGAUAUUCGUCCACUUCAGAGUUGUAUAAAAUUAGUCAAACUUGAUCUCCAUGGAAAUCACAUCAAGAGUCUACCAGAUACCAGAUUUUGGAGUGGAUUGAAGAACCUAAAACUUCUCUAUCUACAUGACAAUGGGCUUGCAAAGUUAAAGAAUGUAUGUAUGUUAUCUGCUUGUCCAAGCCUCAUUGCCCUCACUAUGUUUGAUUGUCCAGUAAGCCUUAAAAAAGGAUAUAGACAUGUUCUUGUCAACAGUAUAUGGUCUCUCAAAGCACUGGAUCAUCAUGUGAUUUCUGAUGAAGAAAUAAUUCAGAGCUGGCAUCUUCCUGAAAGAUUCCAAACAUAUAACCACCGACUUUUCUUUAAUUUCUGCCCUGCUUUGAAAAAGGGAUCAACCUAUGAGAAUGAAAUUGAUAAUAUCAAAGUUAUUAUUUCAAAAAUUAAUGAAAUUCUGGCUCAUAACUCGCCAGUUUUGAUUGUUCAAAGAUGGAUACGUGGUUUCUUAGUUAGGAAAAAAGUGAGCCACUUGUUCUUGUAUAAAAAACAUCAGGAAAAAACUAUUAGUGAAAGUGAAAAAAAAUGGAUUUGCAAACACAAAGGAUUUGAAGAUAAGCUCUUUAAGGAUCUCUUAUUUCAUCCUGGAACCAAUAUAACAGAAAAGCGUGCAUGUUGGAAACAUAAUAUACGUUCUCCUGUUGAUUUAAAAUAUUCUAGUGAACAGAGAAAACAUGUUUCUUCUAUUUUAUAUGAAUUAAAAACAGGAAAACCAAGACAUCUCAUUCAAAAAGGUCAGAAAGAGUCUGAAGAUAAAAUUAAGGAUGAAGAAUUGGAUGUCGGUUUUAGGAUAUCAGUGUUCAAACUACCAGUACAUACUUCAGAUUCACUGAGGUAUACUGCAUUAUUGAAAGCAAAAGAACAAGAUUAUUUUCCUAUGUAUACCAAGCCACUUUCUACCACUCAUCAAAAACCAGUAAUUAAAAUAAAAGACAUGCUGUUGGAGAAGAGUGUAAGAAGAGAGUUUCUUACAACACAAAGAACUGGUAUGAAACUCCAAGCACUUUAUGAUAUUGAUAAAUAUUGCUCAGAACAAAAGAAGCAGGCAAGCUAUAAAAAUAAAGUAACAGCUGUAAGCAUGGCACAAGUGGCCAAAGAACGAGUUAGAAUAACUAUUCAAGAAAAUUUAAAUAAGAAAAUACAUGCUACACAUAAACUAACUGCAAGAGAUAAUAAGACCAUUCAGAAUGGUUUACAACGACUUCGGCAGGACAGAUCCAACUACCUUGAGAAAGUAAAAAAGAGGAGAGUCCUGUUUCUGGAAGAAAAACAACAAAAGGCUAAAGACCGUUUAUUAAUUCAAAACUUAAAUAAUGAGCGCACUCUUUUGACCAAAGCAAUGACUAAAAUUGACAGAUUGAAGAAGAAGCAGGCUGUCUUAAAAGAGAAGAGCCUAAUUGUUCAGCAAAAACUGGCAACUGAAAAAUAUCAAAAGGAUUUACUUAAACAAAUGAAGGAAAUUAGGGCUCAAGAAAUAUAUAAAGGACACUGUGAAGAAAAGAUUGUUAAUGAUAUAAUUGCCUUUCAAAAAGCUUGUGAAGGAUUUCAAGAUACUAAAACAAAAGCUGCAAUUGUGAAAAAGAAUUUAAUCCUUAAAGUUCCCAAUGGAAUGACAAAGUGAACCAAUGCCAGAUCACAUUCUAUGGUCAUUUUGAUUUAUGGCCAUUAUUUUUAGUUAAAGCACUUUGAAAUAAUACUAUAAAAGAAGAUGUACUCUAUGUCACAAGAUGGAUUUGUAUGUAAAUCUUCUAAAAAUAUAAAGAGUGAUUAAAAUGUUUCUCUUCUCGAUCAUAAUUUAACCUAAAUCAUGUUGAGUUGGCUCACCUAAAGGUUCCUUACAUAUCCAGAUAUCCAAGGAACAAUGAAAAGUGAUUUAAUUUAUUGCAGGAAAUACUGCAAAGGCAUUGCUUGUAUUGUUUCAUAUCCUGAGUACAGCAAUUUGUAAGCCAUUCUCAGUUUCUCUGGCAACCUUAGAAUAGUAAUUUCAGCCCCAGCUAUUGACUUUUAUUAAGACACUGUGUUCUUUGAUUAGUUUCUUUGCCUGCUUUCAUAUAUUUAAUUAUA